AAUCAUCAGUUGGCUGCAGGUGGACUGUGUGGUUGAACUUAUUGUCAUGGCUCUUCUACUUGGGGUCUCUUGGCUUUGCUUGCUGUUAUGGGGAUGCAAUUGUUAUGUUUCUCAAAAAGGUUACAAUACUGCUCAUGGAAACAAGAACCCACAGACCUAUAAUCAGUUUAAUCGUAGAGAAUCUUUCAAGGAUAACUAUAUAGAUGAGAGAGAAGCUAUGAGACAAAAAGGCUUUGUUUCACUCCAGACAGAACCUCUAUUCUAUAAAAAGAGGCAUCGUGUCAGCCCAGUUGGGGAUCUCAGAAAAAAUAUGCCGCGAAGCCAACCAGACUUGGUACAUAAAGCAGACAAGUUGUCAUUGAUUCAUGUUGACCAUGGUGACAAUGAACUGUGGAGUAGACGGGGUGCCAGCAACCAAAUCUCAGAUGCACGCAACUCUAUACCUGCUGCUGCUGACUCUACUUUAAAUUUAAUCUCCUCCAGUGGUUAUGGCAAGCAAGUGUUGAAUCCACCGUCAACUCCCUACCAUCAACAUGAUUUAGCAUCGAGAAAUUUUGUUUCAAAUUAUAUAACCAGUGGAAGUCUUCCUGACAUAAAUGAUGGCCUUUUCAUAAGUGUUUUUAAAAAUCAACCUGUCCAGUCAGGCUACAAACGGCCACAGCCAAUACAAUUUCCUCUUGUCUCAUCUGGUGAAGAGUACUCCUUCAGUCACCAUAAGGCUGCAUAUCCUGAUGAGCAUCUACGAAGCCCAUCUCAAGAUUUCAGCUACUUUUCAAAGACGCCAAAAAAAACAUCUCGCAAAAAAGUUUCAUCAGUGGAGAAUCAAAUGUUUUCUGGUGGCUUCAAACACCAUAAAGGCCUCCACAGAGAACAUCAAGCUUAUGUCCCUUCCCAACAAAAUCCACCAUCUUUGGAUUCAUUUUCACCAAGAAGUCAGUUCUUUGCAAAUCAUGUGUCCAAAGAGAAAAAAAAAACAGUCCCAAGUGCUCGAUGUAAACCUCAAAAACAGGACAGGUUUACAGUGACACUACCAAGCUCCUCCUGUGGCUCAAGUAGACACUGCAACUACAUUAAAUACAACAAGGUUGACACUGGUCCCUCCACCUUGACUGCUCUGACAGGAGAUGAAAAGAAAUCUCAACUUCACAAUCAAAAUCUAAUUGCUGCUUUUCAGGAGCCAAAUGAUUACACUAUGACCAAAUUCAGGGACAGAAGUUCAGCAUGGAUGGGUAUGGCUUCUCAUGGAGCUAAAAAUCAACUGAGCUCACUAUCUGCUGAUGACAGAUUCCUUCUCCAACAUGGUGGAUAUGAAGAUGCUGUGAGAGCUGGCCUUGUGAAGCCCAUAAAACAACUAACAGACCAUCAGAUUUCUCCAGACAGCAUAAAUAAAAGGUCCAUGAACUUGGCCUCAUGGCCUUCUAUGCUGCUGUCUGAACCCAAAGGCUCUGAUUCUAACUGUAUAUUUUGGAAGAACACAAAAAGCCCUCCUACAAAGAAAUCCCAAAAGUUGACACAGUCAUCUGUAAAUGCAUAUGUUCAGUCUAAAAACCGCUCUGCUAGAGGUACAGCAUAUAUGUUGAAGACCUGUUACACACCAUAUCAGCGGGCUCAAGUCAAGAAUGCCAAACACACGUGGAAACUUGCUGUAAGGCAACACAUGUAAAACACCAUAUCCCACAAUGCAAAAGGAUUGGACCUAAGAAACCAGUGACUUUAAAUGGAUCUGUUUCCAGCUGCAAAUCAGGUCUCUGUUGUUCUACGCUCCACAAGGAUUAGUAAAAACUGGAAAUAUUUUUACUUGUCUUAUCACAUGGGAAAAUAUAAUUAACAAUUUAAUUGUUUCUGUCAAUAAAAAUGGAUUCUAAUAAA